AUGGCCCAUUUCCUGGUCAGAGUACAACCCAGAUCCUCCAGGGACCGGGUUGAGGGAUAUUUGGACGGCAUGCUUAAGGUGCGGGUGACCGCUCCUCCUGCUGACGGAAAGGCAAACACCGCCCUGACUAAGUUGCUGGCCGAAUUUCUGGAAGUUCCCCGGAGUGGAAUAAAGAUAGUCCGGGGAGUUACCUCCAGAAACAAGAUGGUCGAGGUUGAAUCAUUAAGCGAGGAAGCAUUGCUGGUCAGGCUGGAUAGUGUCAAAACGAGGGGCGGAGGCUGA